GUAUAUUAUUGCGUAAAAAGAAGCGUAUAUUACUAAUUAGUUUAAAAACAUGUGAACAGAGGUCGCUUGAGCAUCAACACCAUGGCGAAAGCGAUGUCAGUCUUGUGAAUAUAUUUUUGUUUUCUAUGUGAAAACCUUGUUUUCUGUUCGUUUAUAUGUUAACAGACUUAACAAGAAGUUAUAUUAAGUGUUAAAAUUUUAUCUGGUUUGAAGACUCUUUGUUUAAAGUUACAAGUUUAAUGUGUGAAGUUGUAACGAACUCUGGGAUCACUCGGGAAUUCAGGUGUCAACGAGGAUGUUAUUCUCCUCAUACACGGCACCGUUCAGCUAAGAUUUAAAGGUUAUUAUUACUGUUAAAGAAGAAACUACAUAGAAACAAAAUGCAGCGGCAAUAAGCUGCCAGACAGGUGGUUUCUCGCCAUGCAGCGUGCGGGUGGGAGAAGGGCCUGUGCGCCAUGAGCCACACUCCUAUAGGCGGCCACCCGCAAGGUUGGGAGCACAAACUUGCUGACAGGUCGUCGCUGCCGCCAGCUUCAGGGGAGGAGAAGAGUAAAUCUCAAUCCAAACAUGUGUUCACACAACCUUACCCCUCUAAGAUGGGCAUGGCGUGGCGCGAGCAGACCGAGGGCUCGUCGGGCAGCUCGGCGCGCUCGCCCGCCUCGCCGCCCUACAUGCGCUGGGCCCGAAGUCUGCACGAGCUACUCGAGGACGCGGAGGGAGUGCGCCUGUUCCGCAAGUACGUGGGCGGCGCGGGCGGGCUGCACGUGGACCGGCUCAACUUCUACUUCGCGGUGCAGGGCCUGCGCCAGGAGACCGACCCGGCCAAGAUACGCCAGGUCGUCUCCGUUAUAUACAAAUUUCUCCGCAAGUCACAGCUAGCGAUGCCCGAAGACUUGAAGCAACACGUGAAGCAGAGUCUCAAGGAUGGCUCCAACAUCGAGAGGAGCAUAUUCGACAAUAUGGAACAAGAGGUGACACGGAGCAUCAAGGAGUCGACGUACCAGGCGUUCCUGCGGUCGGACGCGUACGUGUCGUACGUUAGCGCGGCCACGCAGCCGCUGUCCUCGCCCGACGCCUCGCCGCCGCACCCCGCGCUGCUGCACGCGCACAGAGAGGUGAGCGGCGGAGGUGGCGGCGGCGCGGGUGGCGCUGGCGGCGCGGCGUCGCUGCCGACGCUGCACGAGGGGCAGGAGCUGGGCAGCGCGGCGCCGGCGCCGGCGCGCCUCACGCACGACGCGCUGCUCGCCACGCAGACGCGCCGCCUGCACGCGCACCACGCGCACCACGCGCACCACGCGCCGCUCCGGUCGCGGUCGGUGUACAGUGCGCACGUGACGUACGCGGGCUACUGCCCCGCCUCGCGGCAGGACUCGGAGCGCGCCAGCCUCAGCAGCGGCCGCACCGAUAGCGACGCCGUCUCGCUCUCCGGCAGCAGCCUUGACGGCGUGUCGGUGCGGGGGCGUGAGGCGCGCGAGCGGGACGCGCGUCCCCGCGGCCGCGGGCUCGGCCUCGACCGCCACCUCAUCAACAAAGAACAGGAUACCGCCAUGGUGAUCCCGCGCACGCAGCGCGUGCAGGCGGAGCAGCUGCGCGUGCUGCCGCCGGCCGAGUUCGCGCCGCUGCUCAUCGAGAAGCUGGAGCGCCUGCGCCGCGACCAGGACGCCAAGGAGCGCCUCGAGCGCCGCCUCGCGGAGGGCGAGUGCGAGGAGGCGUCGACGCAGGCUCUGCCGCCGCAACUGGUGGCUGCCGCCAUACGAGAGAAGCUGCAGCUCGAUGACGACAACGACCAAGAUAUACUUGAUCAACACGUAUCGCGCGUGUGGUCGGAGCGUACACCUGGUACUUCGCCGCCGGGCGGGCGGCGUGCGCGUGUUCGCCACGCGGCACACUCGGCCCACGCGGCCCACGCGGCCCACGCGGCGCACGCGGCCCACGCGGCCCACGCGAGCCAUGCGGCCCACGCCCACGGCCGGCGAGCGCCGUCCGCUCUCUCGGCCGACUCGGGACACUACGACGCACCGCCCGAUUCACUACAUCACCCGCACUCGCUCUCGCGAAGGUCAUUCUCCAAGAAGACGGUGACAGAGUUAACGGACAGCGGCGUUUCGGUGGUGAGCGAGGGCACGGCGAGCGCGGCGGGCGUGGAGCCGCGCAUCCUGCUGUGGAUGGCCGAGGGCUCGGAGCGGCUCGAGCGGCUCGACCGGCUCGAGCGGCUCGACCGGCUCGAGCGGCUCGACCGGCUCGAGCGGCUCGAGCGCCGCAACCACCGCGAGCUGUCGUCGCGCGGCUCGUCCGCCGACCGCGAGGAGCACCGCCGCCGCGACAAGCAGUCGCAGCGGACUCGUGGCAGCGGCAGUAAAUCCAGCAGUACGAGUGGCGGCGGCGGCGGCGGCGGCGGUGGUGGCAGUGGUAGUGCAGGCGCGGAGACGCACACGGUGGUCGUGGUGACGUUCCUGGACGAGAACGUGCCGUACCGGUUCAAGGUGCCCGCCGCGCCGCUCACGCUCAAGAUCUUCAAGGAGUACUUGCCCAGGAAGGGCAAUUAUAGAUAUUUCUUCAAAACGAACUGCGCAGACCUAGAUACGGUGAUCCAGGAGGAAGUGAGCAACGACAACGAUACGCUGCCCAUGUUCGAGGGGAAAGUCAUGGCGCGCGUCAAGAGCAUAGAGUAGCCGCUCCACUACCGCGCCCUGUCGUCUACAGCUCGCAAUAAUGAGUCACAAAUCACGUGUAAUAGACUAAGGAAUCGAUUUAUACAGACAAAUACAGUGACGCUUGUAAUACGGGUGGAAAUAUUCCCAACUAUUGUAUUCCGAAUACAAUUUUUAAAAUUUGGAAUAUUCAUGCGAUUCUGUGUUAUUCAUUUGUUUGAACUGCCAGAUUUUUGAUAAGAUUUUUUUAAAAAAUGUUGCCAUUAUCUUGUCUUUGAACAGAAAUAAAAGUAGGCGUAGCGUAGACGGUAUGCCGGUUGGUUUUUGUUUUUUUUUUUUAUGUAAAAAAAAUAAAGCCUUAUUAAAUUUCUUUGACUUCGAAUUAAAUUACCACAGAAAAGGCUACUUAUGCAAAAUAGAUUUUAUAUUAUAUACCAUAGGUAUACAUUCUUUUAAGUUGCAAUAAAUAGUACAUUCUUAAAUAUUUAAAUUUCACUUAUUUUUCGUUUAUUACAAUUCUUAUUUAUUUGUUACAAUUAAUUGAAGAACUAAAUAAUGUUUAAUAUAAUUUUUAUUAUUGACAAAUAUAAUUAAUAUACAGUUUUUUUUUAUUCUGCUUUAUAUUUUUAUUGCUCCGACGAUUUUUAAGAAAGUAAAAGUAAUUUACUUUUAAAAUGAAAGAAAGGAUAUGUAUUAUAUUAAUACUUGUAAAAUAACAUGUAGAAGACAGGGCGAGGCUAGAUUUAUUAUAGAUAUAUUUAUUUAUAGCAAUUACGAUCGCCACAUCGUAAUAGCCGUAAACAUGUUGUAAAAUAAAAAUUCGUUCCUCGCGAUGCUAGCCGCGUGUGUGCACUAGUUGACGAAAUGGACUUUUUAUUAGUUACAUUACAUACAUUUCGAAUUUUACAAAGUUUUCGUAAGAUUGUUCCAGCGUAAUAUCAUUUUAAAGGAUUUAUAUUCGAGAUUAGUUAAUGUACCGAAGCGUUUCUACUUCUACACACGUUAACUUUUAUACUUAGUGGAAUUGAUCUUAUAUAUAUUAGACAAUAGUUUUGUUUGAUGCCCAAAUUUGAUCAACCAACUUCAAAAAUUGUUCUUAAUUAAAAAAUACCUUAAUUUUGGGUUUAAUCGAGUAAGAAAGAGGGGGGGAGAGUGAAAGUUACUACGCGGUUCUCAGUCUCUUACCAUCCCAUUCACUCUCUCUCUCUCCCUCCAUUUUCGUCACUUCCCCACAAAGUUCAUCGAUGCAUACCAUUUCAGACAGCUAACUUAUAUCAUGCGAAUUCCACUCUGUAGAUUUUGUUUUCAUUUAAAUUUGAACCAUUAUUCCAACGCUUUUAAGUUGAAUUACUUACGUAUUUAUAUAAGUUGGCUGAUUGAAUAUUUGGAAUAGUUUAUAAGUGUCGUUUCACCUCUCCAAUGCGGUGACGUUUGUAGAAAUAGAAACGCUCCUGCGUUUGCCAAUUGUCCAACCUUAGAGCAGUGCACGACCGGCGUUGGUGUUCUGCAUUAUUUUUUUACUUGAACUAGAUGAGUACGCUUACUACUGUACGAUAUUUUUUUUAAUGCGCAUUUUUUUUUUAUAAUAUACCUAGUGUUACUUGAAUGACUGCUUAGUUUGUAUAUUUUUUUAAAUUAAUAUUUUAGAGUAUAAAUGAGGUGUUCUGUUUGGAAAAUAUAAACUUAUGUUAAAAAAAAUUUGGCAUUCGGAAUUAAUGCGACGAGUUUAAUAUGAAUUUGUACAGUUAAAUACAGAAUGUGUUGUUUGUUUUUGUUUCUAUUUAUCGUUAUAUCUGAUUUUAUUUUUUGAUCCAUCAAUGAUAAUAAAUCAUUAUUAAUAUUAGCUUUUGUAAGAAUAUAUGCACAUCCAAAAGAAACGACACAUUCUAUGUUUAGCUACCGGUUCAUUCGAAAUUUCAAAACAAUGCAUGAUGGGAUCUCAAUCAACUAUACAAUCUAUGAAUUAAAUACAAUAAGAGGAAGGUAAUGUAAAUUAUUUCCGUUCUGCAGCUGUGAGUAGGGGUAAUUAGCGAAAUAGAAGUAAGAAUAAUUUGUUUAUUCUAUCUCAUAACCUGAGCAGUUACAUGUGUACCAAUGCUUUUGCAUCGGAGGGAACGCGUCUGUAUUUACGGAGAGAAUUUAAAUGUAUAUACGGUUUCAAAGGGAUUUUCUUCCAUGAACGCUCUGGCUGUAUGGGAUGAGCUCUCUACCAAAAAUUUUCCUUAGAGACUACAGUAUGUGAUUCAUCAUAAAGGAUAUACUAUGGUUUCUUCAAGGUCAGCAACACACACGUGACACCCCUAGUUUUACAAGCGUCUAUAGGCUACAGUGACCGUUUACCAUCAGACGGGCUGUAUGUUUGUUUGCCACCUUUGUUGGUACAAAAAAGAAAUGCAGAAGAUUGAUAAUAUUAUCUAUUAUUAUUCACAUAUACAUACGCAUAAUAAUCACGAAUUGUUAUAUACUUUUUGCGUAAAUCGUUACUUGCUACGUAACUGUAAUUUUACAGGUAAUAAAAUGUAAACAUCCACUAAGAGCAGUUGUUAGGUAUUCCUACAGUUUAUAACAGUUUUUAUAUAGGCAAAAUUAUACGAUAUUGUAUUAUAUAAAAAUAAUAAUACAUUAAAUUCUCUCCGUAAAUUGGGUACGACUCGGAAACUCGUCCACCUGUUUGACUUCAAAUACAUACAAUAAUGUUCCGAAUUAGAUCGCUUCCAUUUUUUACAUUUCAAAUCAAUAAUUUCGUUGGCUGUUUGAACGAAUGUUCGGAGUGUUAUUGUUUGUAAGAGUGACGUAAUCUAUGACGUAACUGCAUCACAACACGUUGCUACUGCGAAAUCAUUGCCAGACUGAGUUUCCCUAAGUCAACUUAGUUACGAUAACUAGUCUAUGUCCCCGCGCGCGUUGCUCCGCCGACCGCAGUCGUGUCGCUAGUGUCGUGGUCGUGUAGUAGCCGUGUCGUGGUCGUGUCGGCGUCGCACCGCGCGCGGGCACGUGCCCGUUAGUACUUACUAUUUCGCAUAUUGUAAAAUAUAAGUUAGAAUGUCAUGUCCGGUCCAGUGUGCAGCCGGCGGCGUCACUGCGUACACUUGUACGAGGAUUUGUUACACUUUUCAUGUAUUAUACACUCGAGGACACAAAUUUAUUACAUAUAUACACAUAUCUGUCACGCCUGUCUCCCAUUAGGGUAGGCAGAGACAAUUGAACACCAAAUUAUUGUUGCCUCAAAGUAUAUUUUUUACAAUAUUUAUGUUCGAUUAUUAAAUAGUAAUAUUAUUUAUAGAAUUAAAAAAAAUGUCUUCUAGUAUUUUUAUCUUUUAAAACACAACUUUUAUUAAUGCAGUUAUUAACGAAUAAUUUUUUUCUUGAAUUUUAAACUUCUUAAAUUUUAAAUAAAUUCUAUAAUUCUUUUUAUGAUUAAAACAAACAAUGGCUGUCAUCAGAAAAUAAUCUAUUAAUUGUGCCUUUGGGUGUAUAAUACGAAGAGCUGACCACUGUGUUUGUUAGGUUUCUAGUAUUGAAUAAUAUUGGAAUUGAAUGUUUGUUGUCGCGCUGGUGGGCCAAGUGUCGCGGCCCCGCCGCCGACUGCACGCGAGUAUUAGAGGGGCGCCGCCAGCGAAACGGGUGCACUAUAACGAAUGCACGAUCUUGAGAAUCGGGUGCGAAACAUGUGCCUUCAAUGUUGAUACAUUUUUCAUAGUUGAUGCUUCUAUUUAGUCGUAAGUUAACACUUGUAAAUAUAGACGUAAAGCUACUUCGAUUCGAAAUCUAUUUUUUAUUAAUUUAAUUAAACAAAACAUUUUUUUUUAUCUAUUUAUUGCCUAAGAUUGCGUUGUGGGUCCGCUCCAACCGUCUCAGACACGUACAGUAUGAAUUGUUCUGCUUCUACGAGCUUCUAUUUGAAACGGUAGUACAGCCAGCCUCAUGAUAGGAGGCAGGGUAGUUAACAAUAUGUUGCGUAUUGAAAAUAUUAUUUCACCGAAUCAUGUACUUUUUCAACUUAAAACUCAUUGGUUACAUAGAUAUUUUUUAUGUAUCUGCGUUUGGAAGGUUGUGAAGUUGUUGUUUUUAAACUGUAUCGAACAUUUUACUUGAUGACAAUUAUUCUGAUAAUGUAGUGUCAUCUAUUAUGAAGCUGACUGUAUAUGAAACCAAUAUAUCAUCUAUCAACAUAAUGAAUUCUUGUAUGUUUCUGUUUUUUUUUUCAAGAUCUAUAUUUGUGGUUGCGACCUAGUAAUACUACAAAGAUUUGCAAAAGUAAUACCAAUUCUGGAUGCGGGUAACGAUUAUAAUAGAAAAGGCCCUCUUUAAUGAAUUGUAAUUGAUGAUAUUAGAUUUACUAAUGUAUUCCUUCGCCUACUUUUAAGUAGGUAUAUUUAAAAGAAAUUUUAUUUUGAGAGUGAUUUCUAAUCAUUAGUAACACGUUCAAUUUGCAAAGAUUGUUUGUUCAUACAAUCUCAGCUAAUAAAUGGUAACAUUAGCAAAUACAUUGCAUCGCUACAAAUUUUAUUUGAUAUUCAUCAUUUUGAGAUACGAUACGAUGAUAAAAUGGACAGUGUAGACAUGAAUUUAUCGUGUUGUCAUAAACACAUACGAAACUUGGUAGAAAAUUGAAUAAAAAUAUAACAUGUCGGUGUCUGAGACGACUGAGAAACUGCUUCCUAUAAUGUGUGGUUGCGGAAACAAUAUGUGUAAAUGGAGGAAACUCUGUUUAUUCUUACUUGACAUAUUUGUUAAACAUUUUCGAUAUAUCUUAUUAUGGUAUAUUAUUUUACCUUAUUGACCACAUUACAAAAAAAAUUAUAGUACGAAAGGUGAAUUUAAUACUAUAUUACAGCAUUCUCUAUCAAGCAAUCUAUGGGAAACAGAAGUGUUGAAUUAUUUAUUUGAAAGUAGACGGAAUAAUCAACAACUAGUUAUAUAAAUUACAAUAAAUGACAAAAAAAAAAUUUUUUUGUCUAUUUUCUGCAAUAAAGAGACAUCCAAGACCGUUUACUAAUAUUGUCAAGUAAGAAGAAACUAGUGUAUUAUACCAGUUGAUAUACAUAACGCAAUAAGGCGCUUUAAAUAUAACAGCGUCUCAAAGUACCCUACAAUAAGUCCCUAAGGGCACAAAGUAUGUCGGAGUUAAAAUUGCUUGUUAAAUUGUAAAAAAAAAGAAUUAUAAUGUUUUCCAUUUAGAGUGUAUACGAAUGAAAAUUAAGCUAAACGAUUUGUAAUAAAAUAUUGACGUACUAAAGUAUUAUUUCAAUGGAACAAUGUAACGGUCAUUAAUAGUAAAAGAAUUUCACUAAUCGGACUGUAUUAUUUUUUUAUCUAGCACAAUGUAACGAUUAAAAAUUAAACAGAACUGUGCCAUAUA